UACAUAAUGGCAACAUUUUUGCUAUGUUUAGAAUGCAUUUAGCAGCUGGCAGUUGGCAGACGAGAACGAGUUUCGAGAUUUUUAAUGAGCAUAAAUUGCUCUUAUAAGCUUAGUUUAAAAAUACACUGCUUAGAAUAUGUUAAUACUAUCAGCUCAUCAAGCUCUCACCAGGAGUUUUCGAAUUUUUGCUUGUUUUACUCAUGAUAAGCAAUACCGGUAUGCAUAAUUGGCAAUGCACAUUUAAACUCCCCAAUUAUUUUUAGCCAACAGCGUAAUGUAUUUUUGACACAACUCUCCUCAUUACCCUGUGAUAGUGUCAUAUAACUUAUUUUGAAAUUGUGCCAUCAUGUUAGCAAGAGCAUCGUUUUAUCCAACACUUCUGUAUAAUGUUGUCAUGGAAAAACUAUCAUCUCGUAUGUGGUACGAUCGGAUUGAUGAAAACGUCAUCUUAGGAGCUUUACCUUUUCGUUCUAUUACUGAAAAACUGGUAGAAGAAGAGAAUGUAAGAGGUGUAGUAUCAAUGAAUGAAGAUUUUGAACUCCAAAGAUGGGUGACCACAGAAGAGGAAUGGAAGAAGAAAGGAGUUAGAUUUCUUCAACUUUGUACCCAAGAUAUAUUUCAUGCUCCCAGCCAAGAAAAACUGGCACGUGGAGUUCAAUUCAUAUUUGAAUUUGUACGUGAAGGAAGUAGUGUUUAUGUUCAUUGUAAAGCUGGAAGAACGAGGAGUGCAACUCUAGUUGGUUGUUACUUAAUGAAGCGCCACAAUUGGACUCCUAAAGAAGCUGUGGAGUUAAUGCGAUCUCGUCGCCCGCACAUCUUGCUAGGAAGAAAACAAUUGGAUGCUUUGGAUAUUUAUCACAAAAAUAAUGUUGAGAAGAAAAGAGAAUCCCUCUGAUUCUGAGAAUGAAAAGGAGAAGUUAAACUUUAUGUUAAAUGUGAAUCAUUCUAACAAUAUUUAUAUUUAAAAAAAAAAAAAAACUAUAUUUAUAAUAUAUU